ACAUAAACAAAAUUCUUGUUUUUCCGACAAGUUUUCUUUAUUUUUAAAGAAAAAUGCCAGUUUCUUGCAAAUUGUGCUUGUUCAAAGCUGAAUUCGAGGACGAGCAGGAUGUCACAAGUGAGGAACAUAUCGAGAAAAUUCUUCUAAUCAUCGAAGUUUUUUUCAAUGGAAAGAUUUUUAUUACAAGAGAAGAUGUUCCGUCAAUUUGUGUCCCAUGCAAAGAAAAAUUAGAAGCAUUUUAUUCGUACUAUUUGUUAGUUCUCGAAAAUCAAGUUGCUAUAAAUGACAAAGUCGAGGAAUUGGAUGUGAAAUGUGAAGUUUUUGUCGAACCAAUUAUCAAACUUGAUGCCACAGAGAACGAAAUUCCAAACAAAACAAAAAUCGAAGCCGGGCGAAAAUCAAAACGACUUCGGGGCGUAUCUCCGGAAUUUACUAAAACUGAAGAAUCAGAGAGUUCCGAUGAAACAACCGACGAACGACGAUUCUCCGAUGAUGAAUUUGUGAUUCCAGUUAAGCCGAAAAUGGGCAGAAGUCGUGAACAUUAUCUCCGCUUGAAAAAGAACAAAAAUCCCUUUUUAAAGCCUCGUUUGAAGAAAUUGGAUGUUUCCGGUUCGGAAUCUGAAGGCGAAGAUUGGAAACCAAGCACUUAUGGAAAACCUCCGCAGUUGAGUCGCUCGGAAAAGGAAGCACGAGAAGCGAUGAUCCAGAAAUAUUUCGGCAAAAAAUGUGAUACAUGCGGCGAUGACACCGAAUACGUCUCAUAUUCGGCUCUAAGUCAACAUUGCAAGAAGCAACACAACACCCGAAAACACUACAUUUGUUGCGAAACUCUCCUUUCCAGCUUCAAAACCAUUUACGAGCAUUGUUUGGAGCACGAGAACCCAGUUCAAUGCAAUUUUUGCGGCAUGCUUUGCGUUUCGGCGACAAUGCAUCGACGACAUUUAUACACUGUACACGGCAUUUCCGUGAAAAAACCCGUAACAGCUCCCUUUGAAUGCGAUUUGUGCAAACGACGAUACAUAUCGCGUGAAAAAAUCGAGUUGCACAUGGAACGAAGUCACUUGUCGCCUGAACCGCAACAAUCUUUCGUAUGUGAAACUUGUGCUCGUGCGUAUAAAAACCCCCGUGCUUUAGACAUUCACAUUCGACGCGAUCAUCUCGGCGAAAAAUUACCCAAAAGUCAGUGUCCGCAUUGUCAUAGAUGGCUUCUGACAACUGGAAUGCCGGUUCAUUUGCGAAAACACUUGGCUUUGCAGCCAACUGAAAAGUUCAAAUGUGACAAAUGUGGCAGUGAACAUACAGCUUAUUAUGGUUUGCUGAAGCAUCAGACGAGGCAUCACAGUGAAAAGAGUAAUCAGUUUAAAUGUUCCUUGUGUCCCAAGGGAUUUUAUAACAAAAAGUAUUUGAGAGAGCAUUUUGCGACGCACACGGGAGAGAUUUUGUAUCCGUGCGAAUGGUGCGAAUCAGGAUUCAAGUCGAUGGGAAAUUAUCUGGCACAUAAAAGGAAAUUGCAUACGGAGUUGUAUAACGAACAAAAGAGGAAGAGACAGUUGGAAAGAGAAGCAAAGUCAAGACCGUAUUAAAAUUGAUAAUAUUUAAUACACAAAUACAAAAUAAUAAUUCAGAAUGAUAAAUUCGUUUUUUUUGUC